UAAUUAAAACGUUCAGUGGAAUUAGCCUAAUUGUCUUGACUCAGUAAGGUGUAUGCUGUUCAAGAAAAAUCCUGUAACUAUAUACUAGGUAGGCAGUGAAUUACGCUGAAAUACGCAAUGAGUCAAUAAGAGGGUGCUGUAUCCAACAAAAUCCGAGAACACUGAGAAGUUCAUUCAGACCAUCCUGAGGCACCUAUAUGGGCUCAUACUAUCAAGAUCUUUCUAUUACAGAGCAGUGACAACACUGAUAAUUACCCUUCAGAAGAACAUGUUGAUGCUGAAUAAGUUUCCUGCAUGGCUCUCUGCAUUCACUCUGCUUUUGCUGACUCAAGAGCCUGUCUCUACAUCAGAGGUCACGGCCUGCGGAGUGGCAGUGGAUCCACCUGCUAAUAUUGAGAUAAUAGACCCUGGUUUCCUUGGUUACCUCAGUAUCCACUGGACUCGGCCAGCCAGCCUUCAGAACCUUACAGGCUGCACAGUACGAUACCAACUCAGAUACUAUGACACCUACGAGGAACGAUGGAGGAGUGUCCGAACUGUCAAGCUGACUUAUGCUGCUCAGUUUGACCUUGAGAAAGCAGUCAAGGUGAGAAUACUCACUGUGCUGAAGUGUGCCUGCACCAAUGGGACAGAGGUCCAAGGGGAGGAAACAGAGUGGGUCUACACGCAUGAACCUACAGGUGUGGCAGGAUCAAGAGUAAGAGAUUUUCACUGUGUCUACUAUGGUAAGGAGUACAUGGAAUGCACCUGGGAGUCAGGACCUGUCCAGCCUCCGAAUUCACAGCACUACCUCUAUUACUGGCACAGGGAAAUGGAUGAAACAAAGGAAUGUCCAGAAUACAUCGUAUUUCCUGAGGGUCGAAGGGGAUGCAGGUUUCCUCGAGAAUCACUCUUGGAGUUCUCCAAGUUUAAUUUAUGUGUAAAUGGAUCCUCUCCAGCAGGAAGUCUGAGAAUGGCCUACUUUUCUAUUGAGGUCCAAAACCAUGUGAAACCAGCAGUGGUCUCCUCUGUGCAUGUCUCAGAGACUGAUGGAGGUUUGAAGUUAGAUUGGUCCCCACCUAGUGGUCAGGUGCCAGAACACUGCUUGGAAUAUGAGGUGGAAAGCAGCACUGCGAUGGAAAAUGGUGAAGAAAAGCAGGAAAGGAUGGUUUUUCAGAAUUUAGUGGACACAUCUUAUGGCCUUCUGAGAGGGGUAGAAAGUCAGACAACUUGCUUUCGAAUCAGAUCAAAGGUGAACAUGUACUGCGCUGAUGGAGGAAUUUGGAGUGACUGGAGUCAAAGAAAGUGUACAGAUAAGGAAACUCAAUACAUCCCGGCAUGGAAAUAUCUCAGUCUGGUGGGUCUGGUGGUCAUUGGCAUUGGCAUCCUCUGUCUUGUAUUAUGGAUAUUACAGAAGAUUUGCAUAAAAAAAAUCAACAAAAAGGAUGCCCUCUAUACUUUAUACAAGGAGAAGGUCAACAAGACCAUGCCCACUAUCCUCAGCCCUAUUUUCAAGUGAUGCUCCCUAUGACCUGCUAUGCUGAACUACUGUUUUAGCAGUCCUAAACUGCAGUAAAAGCACAUUACUCAGAGAAACAAACCUGAGAACACCCAUAGUGCAUUUAAAGCGAUAGCUGAUAGAACCAGUAAUCUUGUGAAACAGAUAUGUGGAGUCCUAAAUGAACCACGGCACUGACCUGAAUGUAUAAACUACUUUGUUUACCAAGCCACUGUACUACUAUGUGAUGUGUUUACACACAUAUCAUGUGUGUCACUUAAAGUUACUCAUAUAUUUUUUUUUUCAAAUGCUAAUGAUUUUUCAAAUGCCGAAGAUCUUGCCGAUUUAAUCAAUGAUUUUUCAAAUGCCAGUGAUCUUGUCAGAUUUUUUUUUUCUAUCAGCUUUUUUGCUGUUUCACUUGGAUGUAUGACUUUCAGUAUUUGAGUUUAUUCUACUGCCGAUUGCAUAAUGAAGAAAUCAGGAGUAAAGAGCAUUCAUACACUUCGCAAACUUUUAAAUACAUUAUUAAAAUAAAAUUUUCUUGAAUUUA